CGCAAGCGGGCGAGCGAGCGUGUCGUGAGUGUUCUGUGGCGUAUCGUACGCGAGCGAACUUGCCCGAGCUUCUUUCGAUCGGUUGUCAGGGGCGAAGUUUGGAAAGACACGAGUGUUGCUUUGUUGAGGGUGGUGCGUAGACGUCAAGCUGCAGUUCAUACAAAGGGCAAGCAUGCAGUGUAAUGAGGAAAAGCGGCACUGACUCGACAGAUACGACGUUCUUUCAGCGGUGUGCGAGUGCUGGACACGGACACACAAUGGAGGAAGAGAUAGCAAGGACACUGAUUGAAACCGUUAACUUUGCUGCUACAAAGCACAGGAGACAGCGCAGGAAAGACGAAGACGCAACCCCUUACAUCAAUCAUCCGAUUGGUGUAGCCAGAAUUCUUACUCACGAAGCGAACAUCUACGAUAUUGCAACGUUGCAGGCUGCGAUCUUGCACGACACGGUUGAAGACACAGAUACCACAUUUGAGGAGAUAGAGCGACACUUUGGCAGCAAAGUGCGCUCCAUUGUGGAGGAAGUGACGGAUGACAAGAGCCUGCCGAAACAAGUCCGCAAACAGCUGCAGAUCGAACACGCGCCCGGCUGCAGCCGAGAGGCGAAACUUGUGAAGCUCGCCGACAAACUGUACAACUUGCGAGACCUCCAACGGUGCACGCCAGUAGGCUGGAGCCGCACCAGAGUGCAGGAAUAUUUCGAGUGGGCCGAGAAAGUUGUGCAUGGACUCCGGGGCACCAACAAACCGAUGGAGGAUGCUCUGGACGAAGUGCUAAAGGCAAAGGGCGCAUUUUGAAUUUCUCUUUAGUUGCUGUUCUUAGUUUUAGUUAGAAGCGAGAACUUCCGCAGCUAGUCGGCUUAUUGCAGUGAUGCAGACGGAACAAGAAAGUCGAUCUCAGAGAAAGGGUGUAGCAGUGAUCUUUCUGCAGGAAGCACUAGGUCUUUGUCCUAUAUAAUCCUGCAUUACAGUUUGUUGUUCAUGAUAUAUAUAUAUUUUCUAUUUUGUCUGAAUGAGUGUUAUAUUUCUAGGUUGCUCCUAAUUGCCCAUUGUGUCCCCUGUUACCUUGCAAUGCAUCAAUGCUUUCUCUUUACAUCUAACUGCCCAUUCAUGACUGGGUGUUUGAGCCAAAAUAGCACUUUAUUCUCUUUCUGGGAAGCAGAUUUUUAACCAUGUUAAGGAAAGUACCGUAAUCUACCAUAUCCAUGCAACUAUUACAGUGAUGUUAAUGACACAUGUGUGCACAUCAAGGUACGUCUUUCUGAAAGUGCAAUGUAAGGUACUCGACAAUUAUUUAGUGCAGAGAUGCAGCGCAAUUACCAAAAGUUAGUAACGUAUCCAAAGUUUAAAAAUCUGCUUACCGUUUGCUUCAUUAACAGGGUAGUCGAUGCUUACUAAUUGUGCAGGUUCGUUAUUGCAUGCAAGGUGGUGGUGGAAUAAACUACUACAUGCCUGGUGGGGGGGAUCAUCAAUCAGCCAUGUUAUUUAAAUGGAACAUGUGCUUGCAUUUUGUCAGUAAAAACCUUUUCUUUUCUGCCACAAAUGAGUUGCAUGAGAAUUAUUUUCACACUAAUUUUCUGUAUAUUCUGUGCUGUCCCAACGAUUAAGCAGGCCACCAUGAUUUUUCAAGAAGUUACUAUAAUAAAUUGGAUCAGGCUCCACUGCCA